CGUCCCAAUCAACUCCCCUCCCACCCCUGCCGCCGCCAGCCUUGCUUCCCCUCACCCCUCACCAGAUCCCCUCGCCCCUCGACUGCUGCAUGCCCCGACAUUAGCGUCAGCGGAUCUGGCGGCUCCCUGCUCCUCUUCCCCCGCCAAUCCGGCAAUCCCCCACCCACCUGAUCAUCCUGCGCACCGCGCAGUCCGAGCCAGACCCCCUCCCCACACCGCCUCGCAAUGCCGGGCCUUGCCGCCGCCGAGCAAGAUGCCGUCUCGCUGGUGCGCCGCUUCGCUCGGGCCCUCAAGCGCCGGAUCUCCUACCUCGUUGCCCUCCUCUUCUGCCACAAGGUAAGCGACCCCGCCCCUGCACGAGUGGGGCGGCGCGGCAUCUGCCGUCCACACCUUCGAGGAGGACACCAUGUGAGUCCGCCGCCCUAACCCCCCUCUAGGUUGGUCCGAUAGACGCUCCGUUUGUACGCCUGCGGUGGUCUCAGAUAUGAGUUCCGCGACAAUGGCGGUGGAAAUUUCGGGCCCGUCUGGUGCCAGAUGCGGCGUGGUCCGUGGAACUACAGCAGGUCUCUGUGUGUUCGCUGGCGUGUGUUGAAUGCGACAACAGAGAUGGGAAGGGAUGAGCAAGCCUGCACUUCUCGAUGACCUGAAUCCAAUCGUUUGUCCAUGGAGUGGAUCGAGUGUUGAGCCUAUUGGCUGCUUGCAAUGGCUUAAGAAGUUGCACUGCCUCAGCGCAAUUGUUAUCUGAAUUUUGUAUGAACUCCACGAUAGCGAGCAUCACAACUAGGGGUGGUGCAGAAACAUAGAUAGUUAGCUGAGUUAGCAUUUACGUUAUUACUGUAUAGUCCUUAUCUAUUAUGUUUAUGGCAAUCAUGAUGUUUCCUAAGUAUUUAUAAUCCUUCUUUUAUUCAGUUUUAUUGAUAUACUACAUGAAGCUCCCCUGUAUGGUCACUGAGAGCCCAGGAGCAUAGUUAGUGGCACCUUGUAUUGUAUAAUAGUGGUCCCCAUAAAGCUUUGUAGUAUAUUGAGUUUGUCCAAUAGCCUCAAAUGUGUUUUACCAGGUGUUUGUUCACAGUAUAAGAUUGCCAAAAAAUAGCAUGGUUGGUGAUGUUUUAAGCGAUGUCAUAUGAAAGUCAUUGUCAAUCAAGUUGACCUGUCCCAUCCUGAUGCUGAACUUAGAUUGCUUGAAGUAUUCUACCACAAAAUAUACAAGAUUUUUGCACCCACUGAAAAGAUAGAAAACAUCAACGAUCAGUACUGGACACUACGUGCAGAGGAGGCGUCAAUGGCAAGAGUGGCAUAUUGUACAGUGGAAGAGGAUGAGAAGAAACUUGUGCUUCUCAUUCAAACUUUCUCUAUCUCUCUUUAUGUGUGAUUGUGUACUUGUUGGGUCCUUCUUUUGUACAUUUGCACUUGCAGAAGUAUUAUGUUGUGCACUUGUAAAAUUAUUUUGAUGUGCACUUGUUAGGCCUUGAACCUUAAUGUGUGGAGGAGUCGGUGGAUGAUAUAUUGUAUUUCAUCUGAUGUGCUACUGAAAUGAAAUAUACAGUUUAUCUUCAA